AUUCCAUCAACAAUUUCUCUCCUUUCAUUUUCACGUAGAAAAACAUGAUUGCAGGUUCAGUUCUAAUAUGGAGUUUCUCAAUAAUUUCUCUAACUUUAUACUCAAUUUUUCAACUUCUCAAGAUAAUCAUUUGUAAAUAUACACCUUCAUCAUUAUCACCGUGGAGAAGUUUUCGAUCAAGGGUUUCCGUUCUUCCAAUGGGAAUUACGUUAUUAGCUUGCAAAGAUCAAACUGGUUUGACUGAAAAGAAGGAGACCUUUUUAAGUCUUAAUGAUAAAUACCCUGCAGAGAAAUUGUACACUGAAGAAAAAGAAGAAGAAUCAAUGAAGAUGAAUUGUAAUAAGUCGAUACUGCGGAAAAAGAAAGCCCUAAAAUUGGUAAUACCUGAAAUAAGUCUGCGUGAAAUGCGUAAAGAAGAAUAUCAGAAUGAAUUUGAGAUUCAAGGAGGAGAUUAUUGUUUAGCGAGUAGAAGAGGAAGAAGAGAAAUCAUGGAAGAUGGUUAUGGAGUAAUUAAUGAUAUAAUGGGAGAUCCUAAACAGGCGUUUUUUGGGGUAUUUGAUGGACAUGGAGGUCGUGCAGCAAUGGAAUAUGUUGUGGAAAACUUGGGAAAGAAUAUUGUUUCUGCUCUCGGAGAAGUCGUCCAGAAUGGAGAAGAUGGACAAUUAGAGAAUGCGAUUAAAGAAGGUUACACGCUAACCGAUAAAGAUUUUCUUCGUCAGGAUGUGAGCAGUGGAGCAUGUGCAGCUACUGCGCUACUGAAGAAUGGAGAAUUAUAUGUAGCAAAUGCAGGUGAUUGUAGAGUAGUUUUGAGUAGAAAUGGAGUAGCUCAUGCCUUAACAAGUGAUCACCAUGUUAAUAGAGAAGAUGAACGUUUUCGAAUCCAAAAUUCUGGUGGUAAUUUGAGUUAUCGAAACGGAGUAUGGAGAGUUCAAGGGUCACUGGCUGUUACUAGAGCAAUCGGAGAUGUGCAUUUGAAGGAAUGGGUCAUUUCCGAGCCAGAGAUUGAGAAAAUUAGGUUGACAACGGAUUGUGAAUUCUUAAUUAUUGCCACGGAUGGGUUGUGGGAAAAGGUUGGUAAUCAAGAAGCAGUCGACUUGAUCUCUAGGGAGAACCGGUCUAUACAGUCAUGCAAAAAGCUUAUACAAUUAUCAUCAAGUAGAGGUGGCAGAGAUGAUAUAACUGUUAUGGUCGUUGAUCUUCAAACUUUUAAAAUACUUUGACUGAGUAAUGCAGCUAAGAAGAAUAAACAAUCACGCCGAGUGUUGGCAUGCGCAUCUGCUUUUUAAGGGAGAUGUUUCCUGCAGCACCCUUGUCAAAAAAUGUGACACAUUCAAACUCGCUGACAAAUAUGACAUGAGUUCCCCUACGUGCUAGCACUUCUCAUCACCGCAUAUGGAUUUUGUGGACUUCUUGGAGAUUUUGUGGACAACAUCAGAUUCAAAAGUUUAAUUUAGCUAGGAUGUCAUACUAGAUCUUUUUUAUCCAUAUUUUUUCAUUUAAUUAAAUCUAACAAUAUAGCAUUUUUUAAUUACUAGAUCCCAUGGGAUAUAGAAGAGUUACAGUUUUCUUGUUAGUCUGAGGCAGAAUUGAUUCAAAAGGUGAUGUUGUAAUGUUCUUGAAGGUUGUGGCCUGGGCACAUAAUAAUACUUCAACUCAUUCUUUAUUAUUAGGGUGUUUUACGUACGGAGUGGUUAAUACAGUCUAGUGUCAUAAGCUGUAAGUGUUAUCCGUGUUUUUAGUGUGUUUUUUUUUUAACAAAACAAACAAACACAUUAUCAUCGAUGGUCAUCAUCAUUUGGUUGGUUUCCUUGAGAAGUCGGAGGGAAACCACCUGAUGAUUUAAAUCAUUACAAUUUGUUAAUAAAUUGAACAACAUAAAUAAGUUCUCUCCUUUCCAAUCCUGGGACCUUUCAGCAUUAGUACAGAUUCUCGCCAAGUUAUAAGCUUGAGGCGCAUCAUUCGCUGUAAUUAGAUUUAGUUUUCCUAACUCAAAGGAAAUAUCUUUCAUGUGCUCAGGGUCCCUUUGAAGGCUGUCGUGGUAGCUGAGAGAGAAUCUAGUCCUCAUUUUUCUUUCAUAGUUUAACUUGAUUCAAUUGAGGAAGUCUAUAUUGUUGCUUUCAAAGUCUACUCUUCCUCGAUACGCUUCAGCAACCCAGUUAAAGACCUCCACUAAUCCCUUCUUCAAAAGAUCUCUGUGAUUCAUUGUUCCUCCAUAAAUUCCUUUGGCUCUGGUACACUUUCCUGCAAAAUCAAUCAUAAGAAGGCCUACUGCUUUGUUGUCAGUAUCCUCCUCAUGAACAUAAGUAAAGAUUCUAGUUCCCACGCAUAAUACACCAGUGCCAGUACUUUCCCUAUCUAUCAAAAUGUUGGAGUCUGUAGUACCAUUGUAAAAAGGGUCCGACAGAAUAUGAGUCUUUUUGUAAUUUACUCUAACAUAACUACUUAUAAACUGAGAAAUAAUUUUGGCAGUGUGGCUAGCGCACACAAGUAUUUUUUUGAAUACCCAGUCGCAUCUAGCUUUCCAGAUAUGCCAACAAACAGUGGCACAUAGCUCCGGAAUUUAUGUUUGUAAAAAGCAUAUGACAGCCAUCUGUCCAACGACUCAUCCAAUCAUGGAAAUUAUUGUAACCUCCCAAGACAUAGCUGAUGUUAAAGUUUAGAGCUCCCCAAACUCUGUGUGAAAAAUUACAUUCCAUAAAUAAGUGUGAUAUAGACUCCUCUUUGUUAUUGCAUAUCUUA